AUGUACUUAUUUGUAAGUAUAUACCUACAAACGGACUUUUUAGUUGAAAAUGUUCGGCUCGGCUCGUCGAGCUUUUUCGAUUCACAUAAAUUGUCCAAAUCUAAAAUCCCCCGUAAAGUACACUUAUUGUUAGGCCAAAUUUUCAGUUCAAAGAAUGAGAUACAGAAAGGAAUUGAGAAAGCCAAGAAUCGCUUAAAGUCAUCUCUAAACGAAGCAAUAGAUAGCGGAAGAAGUUCAGAGUAUUCUCAGGCCAUACGACUUCGACAGGAAAAACAAGAUGCUUCAGAAAUAUUAGACUCCGUUUCCCGCCAUGCUGCCAUUGAACGGAUUGAAGAGCCUGGUUUUAAUCCUUGUUCGUUCAAAUCAGAUGCGGAUUCGGCUAGAAUGUCUUCCACUACAACCAAAAGUUCUGAGAACACCACAAAUUUGUUUACAUCUUCUUCUACAACCCAUCACGAUCGUGCAAUGUUUGGACCUCUAUGGGCGAGUAAACAAAUUGCAGAAAAGUCUAAAAAUAAAAAGGAGGUUGGCAAAAAACGAGAUAAGGAUGAAAAUAAGGAGGAGAAUAAGAAGGAAGAAACAACAACUGUCCCCCCGGCAAGCAGAUUUCCUUUGGCACAUGAAAAACUACAGCAGAUGUUCUAUUUCCGCAAUUGUAGCGAAACUUUAAUGAUUUACCGACGUUUAUUUUCUUUUUUAAUUCAAAAUGUUCGUCAUUAUUCUCUUGAAUCGUCGAAUAAUUAUGACAAUGUUCGCGUUCGUUUUGCUCCGUCACCAACAGGACAAUUGCAUUUAGGUUCAUUAAGAACAGCACUUUUUAAUUAUUUAUUUGCCAAGAAAUAUGGAGGAUCAUUUUUAUUAAGAAUUGAAGAUACUGACCGGGACAGAUUGUUUGAAAAUGUUUUGUCAUAUUUUGGCUUAAAUUUGGAUGAAGGCCCUUCUAUUGAUGGAAAUUUUGGUCCUUAUGUACAAUCUGAGAGAUGUGAAAUUUAUAAAAAUGAAGUUGAGAGGCUAAUAGAAGAGAAUAAAGCUUACAAAUGUUUUUGUUCUGUUGAGAGACUUGAUAUUCUUCGACGCAAAGCUUUAAAUGAAAAGAAAAUUCCUCGUUAUGACCGCCAUUGUCGAAAUCUGUCAAAAGAAGAAAUUGCUGCUCGUGAAAAAAAUGGUGAAAUACCUGUUGUUAGAUUUAAAUAUGAUGCUGGUGAAAUGUCUUUUAAGGAUACAGUUUUUGGUGUUUAUUCUACAAGUUGGGACGAGGUUGAUUUUAUUAUUUUAAAACGUGAUGGCUUUCCAACUUAUCACUUUGCUAAUGUUGUAGAUGACCAUUAUAUGGAAAUUAGUGAUGUAAUUCGCGGAUCAGAAUGGCUUUUAUCUACACCAAAACAUUUAAAACUUUAUGAAGCUUUUAAUUGGAAGGAACCGCGAUUUACACAUUUACCUUUAAUUACUGAGGAUGGAAAAAAUAAAUUGUCAAAAAGAAAAUCGCAUGCAUUUGUGAGUUAUUAUACAAAUUUUGGCUAUCUCCCUUUAGCUGUUUUAAAUUUUUUAUUACGAAAUGGAAGUGGAAUUAAAGAAUAUAAUUUACACAAACUUUAUACAAUUGAUGAAAUGAUUACAAAUUUUGAUCAAAAUUUAAUUGGUAGAAGUACUUUUAUGUUAGAUUUGAAAGAAUUAGAUCGUUAUGGAAGAAUGGCUUUUCAAGCUAGUGAUUUUGAAAAAGAUUUGCUUCCUUGUAUUAAAAAACAAUUUUCUCUUCUUCCAGAGGUUUUUUCUAAAAUAUUUUUUUAA